GCAAAAGACCUUUGAUCUUCCAGUUGAAGAUAGUACGUCGUUGUGUGUGAGCAUUUCCAACGUCAAACCCAGUAAAAGAGGAGAGGUAAUCGCGUUCCGUAAGAAAGGGGACCUGCUGGUAUGAGAUCAUCGCUCAUAGUCUGUCUGUUGAUCGGAGCACUCAUCGAGUAUGCAGUAACUGAGCAAGAAUACAUAUGCGGUGUAGGGCCUCACAAUUACAGCAUCGACUCUCCAAAAUUUACCAUCUACCAGCUUCUAGAAAGACGCGUUAAUCUAACUAUUCCAUUGGCGGGCUACAAAUCAGAGUCAUAUAGUUGGAUUCUCCACCGAGGAAAUUCCAAACUAGAUUCUAGAGCAGUGAAUGCGCUUUUUAGCAGCGGACACUUUGAAGUACACGAAUUCAAUUUUAGUAUACUUGUACAAAACUCGAGUUUGAAUGGAAUUCAAAUCAGUAGAAAGGAAUUUGUAAAUAAUGAGUUUAGCCUUCAAGGCAAGCGUGUUACAAUUAACACUGGCGUCUUUCCCGCUGUUGAACUAGUAAACGCAAGAAUUUGUGACAACAACAUUUCUGUGUGCGUCAAUAUCACUGGCACUCCGCCUCCUUCUACUACAAUACAGACCCAAGAAGACGUGAGUAUGGCAGCUAAAAAGCAAUCUCAGUUUUGUUCUACAUUUGACAAACCUAGCGGUACAAACAUUCAACUUGUCUUCAUUACUGCAUCUAAUUGUUUUGGAAGUACUACUGCAAAUGUAUCCAUCAGUUUUAGAAGAGAUAUUUCUCAUUGCAAUUUUGCGGCUUGCUCAGUUGUUGUUAGUUCCAUACAUUCUCAGCAGCAUGCUAGUACAGCAAGUCUUACUUCAUGCAGGCUCACCACUGAUUCGACAGACAACCUCACAACAAGUCCAACUACACCAAAUAAACAAACAAGUACUCCUAAAUCGAUCAAACAAACAAGUCCAACUACACCAGAUAAACAAACAAGUACUCCUACAUCCAUCAAACAAACACGUCCAACUACACUAGAUAAACAAACAAAGUCCAACUACAUCAGAUAA